CAAAACCAACAAUCAACAACAUCAACAUGCAAGAACCGGCGAGGCUGGAGACGAAUCGUGCGCAACUUCACGCCGUCAUGGUUUUCCGUGAACAUGGGCACCGGCAUCACAUCGAUCCUAUUGCACAAUCUCCCCUACAACGGCGAAUGGCUGCAAUGCCUGUCGUACAUCAUCUUUGCACUGAACGUGCUCCUAUUCGUGGCCUUCCUAUCCAUCUCCAUCCUGCGAUAUGCGCUGUACCCCAAGAUCUGGAGCGCGAUGAUCAGACACCCUGCUCAAAGCCUUUUCCUUGGCACACUACCGAUGGGCCUCGCGACCAUCAUCAACAUGCUUGUUUUUGUCUGCGUGCCCAAGUUCGGGGGCGAGUUCUGGAAAUUGGCUUGGGCGCUCUGGUGGAUCGAUGCAGCCAUCUCCCUUGCAUGUUGCCUCUAUCUCCCCUUCAUUCUGUACGCAAAUCGCUGCAUGACGAAACACCAGCACUCCGUCCAGAGCAUGACCGCGGCAUGGCUCCUACCGAUCGUGUCCACAAUCGUCGCAUCCGCCUCGGGAGGCAUCGUCGCCGAUGUCCUCCCCAACGACAACCACGCCUUGAUCACACUCAUGACAUCAUACGUCCUCUGGGCAACCGGAGUCCCUCUCGCCAUGGUUGUGAUAGUGAUAUACUUCCUCCGCCUCACAACCGUCAGCCUCCCACCCAAAGAAGUCGUCGUAUCAACCUUCCUGCCCUUGGGCCCUCUCGGACAAGGCGGCUUCGCAAUCAUGCAACUCGGAAAAGUGGCCCUCGAGACUUUUGCUGCGAAAAACAACCUCCCAGAAGUAGGCGGACAGCAAGCCGGCCAAGUCCUCUACAUCAUAGGUUUCCUCAUCGGAACCAUCAUGUGGGGGUUCGGCCUCGUAUGGCUCACAUUCGCCGUCGCCACCAUCACCCGAUGUAAAAGGUUUCCUUUCAACAUGGGAUGGUGGGGCUUCACGUUCCCGCUCGGAGUCUACACGGUCUGCACCACAACCUUGGGCGCGGAAAUGCCAUCGAGUUUUUUCAGGAUUUUUGGAACUGCGCUUUCGGUGGCGGUGGCGCUGCUUUGGAUUUUGGUGUCGAUUGGGACGAUUUGGAGGGCUUGGACUGGGGCGUUGUUUUUCGCGCCUUGUUUGAAGGAUGUUGAGGUGCAGGAGGAAGCGGAGAAGGAU